AUGGCUGAUCUAUUUCCCAUUGACAAUGAAGAAAUCUUUCCUAUUUCCGAUGAUAAAUAUGCCGAACAACUACAACUUGAAGAGGCACUGAUAUUUAGCUCUGCGUCUCUAUCUUCACCAAAUCAAAACAUAUCAGCAGUCUCAUGUUCAUCAUCAUCUAAGCAGCCAUUGAUGACAUCGAGUAAAUCGCCGUGUAGCUUGAUCUGUGACAUUUGUAUGGAUACAAAGACCGCAUCUGAGAUGUUUGAAAACACCAGCAGCGUCUGUGGUCAUCUCUUUUGCUCAGACUGCAUCAGUCAGCACGUAGCGGUUAAAAUCAAGGAGAACGUAACAAAGGUUAAGUGUCCAGACCCCAAAUGCAAAGGGGUGAUAGGGCCUGAAGCAUGCAGAUCCAUUGUUCCAAAGGAAGUGUUGGAAAGAUGGGAGAGCAUUCUGUGCGAGUCUGUCAUCAUGGAGUCUCAGAAGUUCUACUGCCCCUUUAAGGACUGUUCUGCAAUGCUGGUGGAUGAUGGCGGGGUCGCUGUCACGCAAUCAGAAUGCCCGAAUUGCAACCGCCUCUUUUGCGCACAGUGUAAGGUUGCAUGGCAUUGUGGGAUUAGUUGCGUUGAGUUUCAGAGCUUGAACAAGGGCGAGAGAAAUCCAGAUGAUAUCUUGUUAAUGAAGCUUGCAAAGGGGAAAAAUUGGAUGAAGUGCCCAAAAUGCAAGCAUUUUGUGGAAAAAGUUGAUGGUUGUAACUUCAUUGCUUGCAGGUGUGGGCUUGGUUUUUGUUAUCAGUGUGGACAGCCUUGUGAUCAUGAUGCAAUAGGAAGAGGAAGUCACAGGUGUGGCUAA